AUGUCCGAAUCUGACCAGGAGCAAAGUUCACCUGAGCCACUUUCACCAAGAACAGCUGUUGUACGUGUUGGUUUGAGGAGGAAUUAUAGUUCUUCAAACAUUGAAUCUAAGGGCUACAAAUCUGAAGGUUCAAGCAAGAUGGCAGAGAUUCCAAACAACAACAAUAAUAUUGAAGGAGGUGGUGCGCUUGUUGUCCAACCUCGAAAUCUGCGUGAGUUUUCCAUUCCCAAAGUCACUGAUCAACCUUCGUGCAUCGUCUAUCCUCAACUCACUAUUGAUAGAAAUUCUUUCCGGCUCAAAAGACUAACAAGAUUAGAAAGGAAAUUCUUGGUUUCGCACAAAGAGAAGGAGAAGCUUUUCAUGAAUGUUGGGAGAGGUACAAGGAGAUGGAUGAUGGUAGAUGCAACAAGUGGAGAAGGACUGAUGAACAAAACAGCAGAUGAGGCUUUUACUCUUUUUGAAUCCUUGAGUGCUAACUCUCAACAAUGGAGCCACAAUAAAGGAAGAGGAGCUCCUAUGAAAGCUGUGGUCUCUGAGGCAGUGACGGGCCCUCUAGGAAACAAAGUGGAAGUUCAAGAUCAAUCUUUUGCAGAGCACAUGCUAGAACAAGCAAAUGCCCUUCAAGCAAGGAAUCCUAAUAAUGAUCCUUACUCAAACACGUACAAUCCGGGGUGGAGAAAUCAUCCUAAUUUCAAGUGGAGCAAUAACUCAAAUGUGCAACAAUCUCAAGGACCUCCACCAGGAUUUCAAAUACAACAAAGGCAAUUCCAGCAAGCUCCCCAACAAGUGCAAGAGCAAAGGGGUGAUCAAAUAGGAGAAUUGCAAGACAUGUUCAAGAAGUUUAUAGGGCAACAGAUGCAAACCAAUCAGAAUCUUCAAAAUGCAGUGAACAAAAUAGAAGUGCAAGUUGGGCAGAUUGCAUCCUCCAUGAGCAAUAGAGCAUCCGGAACUUUCCCAAGCCAAAUGGAGGUGAAUCCAAGGCAUCAAGAGCAUGCUAAAGCAGUACACAUCUUGAGAAGUGGUAAACAAGUUGAUAAUAAGGUUGGAGAUGCCAAUGAAGAGCAAGAAGAUGGAGAAAACAUGGAGAUCAUUCAGCCACCACAUAGGCAGCCCACAGGUUCCACCAAACAGGCCCUCAAUGCUCCUAGAAAGAGCACAGGCCCUAAGGAUCUGUGCACUAACAAGAGGAGAUUCAAAGAGCAUGACCAAGUUGCAUUGAGUGAAGAGAUAAGUGCAGUGUUACAAAGAAAGCUAUCUCCAAAGCUAAAUGAUCCAGCCACAUCUGUGAGCAUUCAAUUGGCAGAUAGAACUAUUAGGUACCCUAAGGGCAUUUUAGAUGAUAUUUUGGUGAAAGUGGAGGAGCUAAUUUUGCCAACAGAUUUCUUGGUGUUGGAAAUGGAAGAAGCACCAAUUCAUGACAAUCAGUUACCACUCAUUCUAGGUCGGCCAUUUAUGGCAACUGCCGGUGCUAUUAUUGAUGUGAAGAAGGGCACAUUGACCAUAAACGUGUUUGAUGAUUUGCAUAAGAGUUUUUGCCUCAGUAAUUCCUCCCUAAUUUUCUCCUCUGCUCAUAAUCUUGCUCCCCAUUUUGGCUUUAGGCUACCCCUAUAG